AGGUUUUCAAUUAUUUUAUUUUUCGGUCCCGCCGUUCAAAAAAAAAGUGAAAGGAACAGAGCCCUCGUCUUUUCAUCUCACCGCCAAACUGCCACUCGAUCCUUCCUCCUCCCUACGACCGUCGCACCACCAUCUCUUCUCCUCUAGACAAUCACUAAACCGUCAUCUCUCCUCAUCCCGACGACCACUGGAGCACCGCCUCCUCCCCCUUUUUAACCAAACAGAAAGGAUUUCAUUUUUUUUUUUUUUUGGAUAUCAGUUCGGGAAUUCGGGAUGUAUGAUCGAUUAUUGGAAUUCGCUCGAAUUUGUGAGGCAAAAAGGAUAUAUGUACCGCAUAUCAUAUCAGAUGUAUGGCAGAUCGGAUCGGAGAUAGGGAUCAAACGACGAAAGGAGGCAAAUCAAGCCAUGCUACGAGGAAAGUUGAUACAAAGUUGGCUGUAAAGAAAACUGCAGCCAAGGGGAAGCUGCUAAGGAUCCCAAUAAACCUAAGGGACCUGCUAGCACUUAACUUUAGAAAGCAGUUCAAAGAAGAUAACUCUGAACACAACUCUGUUGUUGCUGUUGGUAAGCUGGUGUGGCAAAAUGGAAGUCAAUGGCAGGACACAACACCUUUUAUAGCUAAAGCUGACAAAAGGAAGAAGAAAUAUGAAAAGAGCUUGGAAUUCUACAACAAAAAACUUGUGAAAUCUUUGUUGCAGGUGAUAAUGAUGAUAAUGAUUCAGACAAAUCUAGUACCAUAUAGUCCCUUCCCCAACAUUAACAAUAGAUUGUACUAUGUUCUGAUUUGA